GUCACUAUGACGCCGGCGGACGUGUCGCUCGCGCCGCGCUCGCCACCGAACUCUGUCCGCGAAUACUCUUAUCAUUUCAGCCACAGCCUCUGCUGAAAUUAAGUUUCCUUAUCCAAUGCCAGUUUAAAGACGGGAGUUUUACAAAAUAAGAACAAUAAACAGUUCUCUAUCUAUUUAUUCUUGUGUUUGCUGAAAUUUUGACUGAAAGUGAUGUCGUGAAUUUAAAAACAUAAAAAAAAUGCAUUUAAUCUUGAAUAACGCAUAUCAGAGAAGAUAAUGAAAAAUAAGUGGCGACUGACGAGAAACUAGACAUCGACAUUCAAGAUGUCAAGCGAAGGAGCAAAGGACGUCGCGUACUGCGUGCCGGGCGGGCAAGACUUUCAGAAAGUCUACAUUCAGUUCCACGGCUACAUUUCCCUCAUCAUCUGCUUACUUGGAUCUGCUGCGAACUCCGUGAACAUAGCCGUCCUCAGUCGGAAGGAAAUGACAUCCUCCACUAACUCCAUACUAACCGGUCUCGCUGUCGCCGACCUUCUAGUCAUGAUCGACUACAUUCCCUUCGCUCUACACAUCUAUAUCAAAAUCGGGUCUGAACACAACCGAAACACAUACGGGUGGGCUGUAUUCGUUUACUUUCAUUCAAUUUUCAGCCAAACCUUCCACACGAUCUCUAUCUGGCUGACGAUAACUCUCGCCGUCUGGAGAUUCAUCGCGAUAAAGUUUCCUCAGAAGAAUAGGACUUUGUGUAACAAAAGGAACACUAAUAUAGCAAUAGCGGUGGCUUACGUCGUUUGUCCAAUAUUAUGUCUUCCUAUAUAUUUUGCUAUGAACAUUCGUGAAACUGUGUUACCCCAAAAAAGUGAUAACUUGACGUGGAAUGAUACAGAAAUUGCGAAUGUUACCAACCGCGAGCCGGCGUACGCUCUGCAAAUGACUGACAAUGAAGAUUUGUUGACUGCCAUAUUUUGGAUAUACAGUGUAUUUAUAAAACUGAUUCCGUGUGUAGUGUUGUCUAUUUUAAGUGUUUUGUUAAUACUAAAAAUGAAAUCAAGUGACAGAAGAAGACAGAAGUUACUAAAGAAAUCAGCUAUAACAACACAUGAGGGCGAGAAGACCCGGCUGAACGAAGAAGGGCAGGGUAGGCGCGGUGGCGGAGGCAGGACCGACCGGACCACUCGCAUGCUGGUGGCGCUGCUGGGCCUCUUCCUGGCCACCGAGCUGCCGCAGGCCCUCUUUGGCCUUUUGACUGCCAUCGCGCCGCACCUCUUUGGUGUAUGCUAUUAUUCCUUUGGGGAGGUGAUGGACCUGAUGGCGCUGGUGGGAUCUGCGGUGAACUUCGUGCUGUACUGCAGCAUGAGCCGGCAGUUCCGCAGCACGUUCACGAGGCUGGCCUACAAGGUGCUGCCGCUGCCUCAGCCCGGAGCGCCCGCGGAGGCGGCCAUUCCGCUCAAAGCGUAGCGCUCGCCUAUACCGACCACGUCGGUUGCACAUCUAUAAGUAAAGAUUUCGGUAUUUGCAUUAUGAGAAAAUUUGAAGUGGCAAGCGUAUUUUAGAUAUGCUUAAUUUUGCAUUUCAACGUUAGAUUUUUAAGGAUAUUUAUUUACGGGUUUUAAAAUCCAUGAUCUUUUAUUUACUAAAUCAUGUAACACAUGUAACAUUUUUUCCUUAGGAUUUUAUAAUACUUGAAGUCUGUAUUUAUGUAUGCUAUAAUUUAUCACGUAACAUUCGAAAGUAUUGAUCUCGUUUUUCCAAAUGAAGCAAAAUAUUUUAGGGUGAUCACAAGCGCGCUUGGUUUGGAGCGGUUAACCGAAAAUUAAAAAUUCCGCUCCAUCUUGCCUAGAGCAUGCAAAUCAUUCAUCUUUAUUUUUCAAGCUCUGUUUUUACGCAUCCACGUAUUUUGGGCGUUUCAAUACCACAGUUAUGUUUUGUGUUGUUGUUGUCUAAAAGUACCUAGGUAAAUAUAUAUUCAAUAUUUAAUUAGUGUUAUCUCACAUAACAGAUAUCCAAGUGACGGUGUUAGUUGAUAUUGUACGCCCAUUGCUCAAUAUUCUUGAUUUUUUUGUGUUACAAAAUUGAUGCAGCACUUCAAAAUGGUCCAGUGAGUUCAACUUAUUCAUCGACUGAUUGUGACCACGUUAAGUAAAGUUCCAAUCCAACUUUAUUCGAGUUAUCGUAAUGUUAUCAAUUAAAUGAAUUAAAAGGUGCUUAAUAUUUAUUAAAAUAAAUGUUAAUGGUAACUUAGAUUUUAUUUUAAAAGUAACCAUGCGCGAACCAAUUGUUAAAAAUCUAGGUACAUACAUAUAUAGCAAAUGUCAGAAGUGGACGUUAGUUGUAAGUUUAGACUUGUAUAUUAAUAUACUUAGAUUUAUUUUACAUUUUAAUGUAAAUACAUGAAUUUAUAUAUUAACUAAGUAAGCCAGUUUUCUGCAGUAGACAAGAAUAUAUACAUAUAUAAUAUAUAUCUUUGAUCUAUCUGGAUUUAAUGUAUCUAAUACAUAAAUUCUAUAUAAGGGUAUUAUCGUUAGCAAUUUGGCAUUGUUUAGUGGAAAUAUCUAGAGUUUAUUUAAAAUUACACAAAGACAUCAAAAAUAAAUAAAGUAUCUACUUAUUCAAAUACAAUUUAGUUGUUAGGUAUGUGACAUGCUUUAUUGAUGUUCACGAAAAAAACGUGGAAGGCGUCAAUUUUCCAGACGCAAAUUGAUAUUGAGCGACGAAAACAUGAUAGCUCAGAAGAAAGACAUUGUGGUGUAGUAAAAUACUAGAAAUAAUGAGUCUAAAAAUUCUCCUAUUUUCCGAGUCGAAAUAGCAGAUAAAUUAUAAGUAGCCAUAGCAAUUGCCUCGUCAUAGGCCUCAUUAACGUCUUCUAAAAAUAUCGACGAAAUAUCUCGAGAUAUGAAUCAGAAGAAAUCUACUAUAUCGAUUCAAUAUGAUAAGAGAUACAUAGGUAAUCUUCCUUUCCCGCGCAACGAUAAAUACGUACAUUAUCGCUCUUCCACCGUGAGGAAAAAUAGUUUAAAAGUAUGUAUAUCUUUCUACCUACUUUUAACUACUAAAUACUAAUAACCCCAAAAAUAGACAUUCCUCAGAGAUAUGAGAUAAACUAAUUUCACGAGAGAGAAUGGCAUGCGUAAAUCUAUUUAGUUUGCUAUGGAGCGCCAGAACUAGCUACUUAUAACGCCAUCGAGACAAUAACAAAAUUAGUGGCGAUAUUGGCGGAAGUUUCCCGGGAACUGGGAAUCCGAUAUAUUGCCAGGGAACUUUCACUAUCGCUCGUUUCAAACUUGUAUUACAGUGCAUUACCGGUAAAGUAGAACCUGUGAAGAAAAUACGUGAGGAGCAAAUGUAAGUAUUUCAAUUAAUCAAGUUGGUUAUCAGGGUAGACAUAUUAGGAGAAGUUUGGACGUUACGUCGACCAUUUAUUAGUCUUCCGAGUUGUACUUACUUCGGAACUCGUGAUUUCAUGAAUCAUGGCAAAAUGCCGUACUUUGCUUUUUUAACUUCAAAGGUGUUGGUGCACCUUACUAUUAAGUUCAAUAUAAACAUAUGAAGAAUAAUUUCAGCAUAUAUUAAUCUAUCACCAAUAUUUCCAUUAUGAUUUAUAUUUAUACAGGGUUUGUUUUUAAACUAAACAAACAGUAAUGGCGAGCGGUUGGAGUGUAAUAGCUAUUCACAUGUGAAAUAAAUAAAGAUUAACAUAAAUCAAGCACUGCUCUCUGCACAUCGGACAGCGGCUAGAAUGAUAAUACAUAAAACAAUAUUACUUUACAGCGAGUGCGUACCGAAUGAAAAUGUAUUCCCAAUUUAUCUUUCCAGCUCCUAUUUUUUCGGUUUUAAUGGUGCUCCCAUAAUGAAAGGAAAUAUAAGAUAGGUUUUCGUUAACAAAACAUAUAAGUGUAUGAGAUAAAAAUAAAAUAAGUAUGUUUUUUCUACGAUGAAAAUUUACUACAUCAAAACGACUUAUUAUUAUUAUUUUUGAGUUUUUAUCAUUACCACGAGCUUUUCCCGUCGAUCGUGUAGAAAAUAUAUAAACAAUUGACACAACAGGACACAACUGUUUGACCGGCGCGUUUGCAACGGUUCGUAAGGUAGUCACUUGGUUGACGUUAAUAAUUACAAGUACCUAUGUUUGGUGGCCCAAAUUGUUUUUAUAUUAUAUGAUGUAUCAAUCUAAUCUAAUUUAUAUAUCUUUGGUUAAAUAGUGGUAAGAUAUAUGCUUAAGUCAUAUUUAUUUCUUUAGAAGCGAGCAGUAAUGAUUUCUUCUGUAAUAUAUAAACUACAGUGUUAUUUGAAGAAUGGCAUACAAUUUUGUAACUUUAUUACAUGUGCUACUUUAUUUAAGCCGGCCUAAACCGCACUUGGAUAAAAUGCUUAAAAUGUAUAUGUUUCAUAUGAAAUGCUGCUUCUAGAAAGAAAAACGUUAUUUGUUAUUACUUCAUCAGAGCGUCCAUGUUGGGAAAGGUUGAUAAAAUCAAAAGCUAACAAAGCAGAAAAUCUUAAUUAAACUGAUAAGUGCUAUUGAUAAAAAUCCAAAUUUGCCAUUUGAUAACGUUAAUAAUGACGUUAUUGGACAAAAAACCAGAUAAAAGUCCUUUUAUAUUAGAGUUAAUAAGCAAUCUCUGCAUUUAGACUUUAAUCAAAAAACAUGUUCAAUUCUUCAGAAUAAUCUAAGCAGAUGUAAUUUAACCCAAAAUUUGGUUUAAUACUUACAGUUAAACAGCAAGUAAAGAUUUUUGUAAAAUAAAAAUUGGAAAUUUCCACGGGAAUACAGCUAAGGCGUACCUACUGCCGGUUAUUUAUUAUUUUUUAUAAAUAUUACUUUCUGUGUUCAAAAACUAAAUCAAAAAUCAAUAUGCCUCUUGUCUAAAAAAAAAUAUAAAUUUUUUAUUAGAAAUGGCCUAUAAUUUUAUAAAAAUAAAAUUAUAGGCCAUUUCUAACCUUUCAAUGCGUGUCACCACAAAACGUGGUAUCGGUAAAACAAAGCUGUCGGAAUUUUCGAUAAAUUGCGCAUUUCAUUCAAUAAGUACCUGGAUUAUAUUGUCGCAUAUAACGGGGUAAUGACACUCGUUAGGGCUACUUUACCUAAGUAACUUGUGUCAUUUUUUAUAUGGCUACACUCAUUUUCUUAAACGUACGCGUAUUCGUUGAGAUACGAGAUAUCAUGGAAGGUUGACACUGUUUUUAUUACGUUAAGAUAUGAAUGCGUGCGUACAGAGGCAUCUUUUGGCUAAUUUAUAUUGUUGAAGUAGCUUUUAUGCGUAAAAUGUAUAAUCUAGCACUAUAAUAACAUAACCAAGAACAGCAUACAAUAUAGGUCUGCUGGUCUUGGUUAAAUAGAUAGAAUGUAGUUUGCUGUUCUUCGGGAAAACUUAUUUAUCAAUAGCCUCUGAUAAAUACAGAUUUACCAAAUAUUUGCUAAUUAAUAAUCAACAUUUCGUCAAAUUAUAUCAUGCAAACCUAUUUAUUUCUCUAGAUAAACAAAGGUGACUGGCAAAAUAACUUUCGAAAUAAAAGCCAUCAUGAAAUUAAUCUAACAAUUGUUUAGAAAUGUUCUCUCUCAGCGCUAGUCACGAUUCAUGAACAAUUUUAAAAGUGACAAUUGUGCUACUUAGGGUAGGUUGCACCGUCAACUUUGUCGCUAACUUUGAUGUGCGCAGAAAAACGUGCGCAGAAGUACGCCAUUCUAUCUAAAUGUCAGUGGUUCGCCGGUUAAAAUCAACGUCAUAUUUGACUGUGAAACUCACCGUUAGCAUCACCUGUCUUAACUUAUAAUAGACAUUUGAAGUUGAAGAAGUUGCUCGAAGGGCGUUCGUAACUUGAAGACUUACAUUAAGUUUAAAGCAUUAGUUAUUUUAACAAUUACUUUGUAAUAUCGUAUAUAAAAACAAUCUAGCCUAUGUAUUGUUCUCAUUUAGUUAGUACGUACAUAAGCAUUUUUUAAAGAAUAUAAUCCUUAAAGCAAGGUUCUGUGGCUCAGUGUUAGAUCAGUCGCCAGGUAUUGUUUGAUUUACACAUUUUAGGUCAUUAUGGUUUGUUGACAAAACGAAUGCUCCCAUCCAUUACAUUAAUAUGUUUCCUAAAUAAGUACAUUCAGUCUAGCUUGCAUAGACAUAUACAUUUAACUAGAUACAGCAUAAAUUUCUGUACUCGUAUGUAUAGAAAUAAUACUAUACUUAGUUAAGUAGGUGGGCCUAGAAUAACAAAUGUUUAUUUUCAAAAAUGUUUCAUAUAAUGCAUCCGCUGUGCAUGUGCUGUGAUAGACGCAGAACAAAGUAAUUAUCAUUAAAAAAGUACUAUCAAUUCAUGCGGUGCCUCCCUAAAAGAAUAAAUUUAUGUAUGUCUGCGAACCAGCCUGUCCGUGACUCAUUCGUUUUAACAAUUGGAAACGUGUAAAACAAAUUCCCGAAUCAUCACAAAACCAUUAAACGGGCGUCGCAAAGCCCUUUCCUGUAAUAACACCACAUUGAUAUUCUGUAAAAGCAAUGUGAAGCGAGUCCGUUGCUACACUGACCUGUUCCAUAAUUUAUGGGUACAAUGUAGAAUGGUUAAUAAAAUGUUUUUACAAAUUAUUAACAUUUUAGCUUUUAAAUUAUUACGUAAGUCAAAUUUUACUAACAGUUUCUUUGGCCACCUUCCCACUCCAUCAUAAAAAUAGCUUAUUAAAGUAUAAAACAGAAAAUAAACCAUAACGUAGGUAAUGACUAUUAAGGGAGCCAUUCGUUAUUAAAGCCGCAUUAUAUUGUCUUCAUGGCGCAUGAAUCACACAAAUUAAUACUUAUUAAGUAGUUACCUGCUGGAAUAAAGUAAAAUUGUUUUGUAUUCGUAGUGUUUAGGUAGGAACCAAAAUAUUCAACUAGAAUUACUUGAGUUCUUUAAUUUCUUCAUACAUGGGAAAUAUAAACUUUAUUAGUUAAUAGAGUAACGAAACGAUACGGGUUACCUCAGUUACCGGCUAGAACAUAUCAGAAUCUUACACUAUAUACCUACAUGCCGCACAUGCAUUUUAAAUACAUAUAUGUAUAACAAAGCCAUUGAAAUUAAAUGUUGUCUACGUUUGUAUAAACAAUUUCCCGUUUAGGUAUAGGUAGUAGGGCAUAAUUAGAAACUUUCCACUUUAAGUUGUUUUUGCCUCUUUAAGGAAAUUAAUUCACAAGAAUUCAAGACUUGUACACCAGCCCGGCAUGAGUCCAGGAAAUACAUGUUAAUUGGGGCUUUUCAAUUUUAAUACUCACCUAUUAAUUUUGUAUUAAGAUAAUUAAAAAUUCACUUAGCUACGAAUUUUAUUUAAUAAGAAUUCAAUUUGAUACAUGUUUUACGUAAGUGCUUUGCUAUUCUUGAAUUAAUUUCUAUUUGAUGUUAAAAAAGAACUUAGUAAACAAAUUCCGAUUGAGCAAGUUUGUGUAAGAAAUUAGUAUUUUAAUCUACACACGAAUUUUCAUGUGAUGAUAAAAGUAAUUUAUCAUCACAUGGAAAUUUCGGCAAAUCCUUGUAUUGUUCGUCUAUUACUGCACGACAUACAUUGUAUUUUACACAUUAAAAAUAAAUUUGUAAGCUCCCAAGUAGCAGUCAACACAAUAAAACAAACUUUUUGGGUGUCACAAUUACUUAACUAUAUUUGUAAGAUGUUAAGAAUGUUAUAUAUAUAUGGCAAUGCCAGACUCACACUAAUUUCGGCUAUAUUUCGACCUGUAAUAUGAUAUAGCCAAUUAAUAUACUUUUUCCCUAUGUCAAAUGGAGCUUGUAUGACAGUCAUGUGCUAUUUUGUGACUAUUUUGGUGUCACAAUACAUUUUAUUUAUACUUUAUGGAAAAGAAAAUAGUAAAUAUAAUAAGUUAAAUUACACAUGAAUUUUUGUUAUUGUACUGAAGAGUCAGUCAAGAGUUUCAUUUCAAACAAUAUAAUAUAACUGUUUAUCUAUUUUUAACUUCGAAUGACUAAUUUAAUGAAAUAAAUUAAUGAGUAAGUAAUGGGUAAUAGUAACAAUUAAAAAAGAUAUCUAAUUGUAUGUAAUGUAUUCGAGUAUGUUUCCUUUCUAAAAGUAGGCCUCGGUCCCAGAAGGUGGGUCAGCGUCGCAGUACCGACCAAUAAAAGCGAAGACGCCCGGAGUUGAUGCUCUCCAGCGUCACUGAUUGAUAGUUUGUUUGUUGUUUUAGAUAAAGAUAAAUGAAAGGAAAUAAGGGGACAUUUCCACAGCUGUAAGCCAAAAUAUAUAGGUCAACGCCUACAUCAAGUUAAUUGUAGAGUUUUAGUCAACUAAAUCAACUUGUAUAAAUUAUAAAUUUAAUUAUAUAACUUAUAUAUUUCCACUAAAAGCCAAAAUUUCGUGAGCCCGUAGGCAAAACAAUCAUGGAAUUGUAAAUGAUAAAUCCUUACCUGCUUAUUAAACUUUUAGAUUAAUUUCACCGGUUGUUGUCAAAGUAAGUAAAACGUUUUUAAACUUCAUGAUUAAGAAAUUAUUUGCAAAUAAAUUUUAAAAUACUUUGUUAACCCAUUUACUUUGGUUAUAAUGCAGGGUUACUUGUGAUACAGAAACAUUCUCGGAGAACUGGAAAGCAGACGUUAAUAAUAAAUAACAACGUUUAUCCUAUAAACUUAUAUCUUUACUUACAUACUUGACACUGUAGCGAAGUACAAAUUAUUUUCUCUUUCAAAUUGUUAUGAUUUGCAUUGAAACGGAUGGAACAAAUAAAAUCAUUAAAACUCGUAGAACAAACAUUGUUGUUUUUGAUGUGUUAUUUGCUUAUCAAAAUUUUUAUGUGGUUGACGAAUGACGAUAUAAUAUUAGAAUACUUGGAGAAUUUUUAACUUAUAAUCUGUACAUAGUAUUAAUGAAAGAGACGUAUAGUGAAAUGUCUUAGAGAAAUGUACAUAAGUAGUAAGUGUACUAAAUAUAGUUGUGGCUGUAUACUUGUUCAUUACACGAGUCAAAGCGCCAACAUCAGAGGCAGAUAGUGCUCACGCUUUUCUUCGGGCUCAUAUUUGUAUAUGUACAGUCAACCUUAUGUCAAGUUAAACAGGGUUGAUGUGCUGUUGACUGGACAUACAAAACUGCAAUUCGAAAAAUUUCAUGUAAUUGAUCGCAAAAACUUUUAACUUGUUUAAAAAAUCGUUUAAAGAGUGUGACCCACCCGAGUGCUCCGUUGCGUUGACGCAGCACGUUAUGAUCCGUUGUUUUCCAUAGGUUCUAACACUGACACAUACGCUGGAUGUAAAAACACUGGAGCACGACGGAACAAUCGGGUCGCACUCGAACUUGUUCUUGUAAGGAAAUUGUAUUUUAGUGAAAUAGGAAAAAUAUUGUGCAGGAUGCGGUUACGAUAUUAAUACGUCGAGUAUUUUAACUGGUUUUAAAUAUAUAAACUAUCUAGUUGUUACUGAUGACAUUGAAAACAUUCGGCAUUCUGUGACAGGUGUCUUGCCACAUCGAAAGUGCACAUCCAUAUAUUGUAUACUUCGACGAAACAUUUAAGGUGAGUUGCACCGUCAGAUUUGACGUUGAUUUUAUUCACGCGCUGCUUGCGUACUUGCAGAAAUAAUUGCGUACGUUGCGUUUUAUGCGCACGUUAAAAGUUAACGUCAGAGUUGACUCUGCAACCCACCUUUAGAUUCAGCUAAAUACCUAGAUAUCUACUUAUCUCUUAGGCUAUUAGGGCUUUGUAUGUAAUUACAUAACUCAUAAAAUAGCUGUGGUUAGUAAUCUAUCUAUUUGAUUAUUUUAUGAAUCGGGUUAAAAGAUAUUUGUUUAUCUAUUUCUUUUUAUAUUCCUUCUAUUUAUCUAAAGAGAGAACAUUCGGAAAAUAUAAUGAUUAAGUUAAAUAUGUACGCUAUCACCAUUUUAUUCAAGACUUGCACCGGAGUAAAUGCUCCGGAAAUCGAAUCAAUGAAUCAUAGUAAUGAAUGUAUCUAUUCAUUUUGUAAGAAUAUUAUUGAAUUUGCAUAUCUGUACAAUAUACUUAUAUAUGAUGUUUAUAAAAAAUAAUAAUAUAAGGUUAUACGCUAACGCCAAACUCAUACAGAUGUCGACGCGAAUAUACGAACAUCGCGUAGUUUAUAUGAGAGCAUUUUAUUUAACGCAAGAAUAAACCAGCAUGGAUCCAGGAAUGUAAGUUGAAUCCGCCAAAGAUUGGCAAACUGUUUGCCGAUAGUGUAUAGCCGGCAUAAUAGGUAGCAUUUGUAAUGAAUUGUUAUAAUAAGUAAUUCAUCACUAUAUAUAUUUUAUAAGUUGUUAUUUUUUUAAAUAGUUAAAUCCAAUCACUCGUCGCUGUGCUUUGUUAGUUUGAUUUUGAUUGAAAAGUUAAAUUAAAUGCUCUCUUUAAGAGCAUUUAAUUUAAGUUUUCAUUAACAUUCAUUGUCUAUAUGUUUGUUUACAAGUAUUGCGACCAUUGUAAAUAAAAUAUAAAGAAUAUUUUUGCUA